AUGUUCUUCUCACUUGCAAAAUUAGCCAAACCACGACCAGAUCGCCGCCCCUUGUAUCGUCGUAUCUUCACAAAUCGACGGUUGGAUCGUCUUCAUCGAUGUAAGUUUUUGUUUGGUUUUUAACAUUUAGGAAGAAAGAUUAUUUUGUUCUUUGUCAAUCAUGGAUGGUUUUUUGGUGUAAAUUCAAAAUUUAAAAAGAUUUCUUUAUCGAUAUAUGUUCACUUUCAUGGUUAAUAUAUUUUUUACUGAAUUUUACGUCUGAUAUCAUUAAAAAAUGGCAGAAUUCUAAAAAUAAAGUUAUUUCAGAUACCGUUAGGACGAUUAUCGGUUUUAUCUUGUUCAGUACAUCGUUUUGUAUAGUGAACGGCGCUCUAUACUACGUGUACGUGAGGCCGGUGAAACAAGAAGAACAACAGUUGUUGGAGCGUGAACUCAUUGAAGCUGAUUUGGCCGGAUUUGACGUGCGGUCGAAGCAUUAA